AUGUGCAACGCAUUCAAACUGUAUCAGUCGGCUAUGCUUCAGACCGCAGACGCGUCGGAGCUCCAACGCCAUCGAGUGGCUGUGGACGAGUUGACCGAGGAUACACAGCGCACCAUGGCCCAUGUGAAGCAAAAACUCAAGGAAAUUCAACCCACAUCGAAGCAUACCGAUUUGGCGAUUCACAAGAGCCAGUUUGCUAGUGUGACUAAAUCAUUCAUGGAUGCUAUUGAACGCCACCGACAAGUGUCCCUGGAUUUUCAACGUGCCGAAUCCCGCCAAAUGGAACGACAGAUCAAAAUCGCCAACCCUCAAGCAACUCCGCAAGAAAUCGAGACAGCUAUUGCCCAAGCCGAACAAGGCCGUCCCGCCGUAUUUGCACAACAACUCAUGCAGUCCAUGAACAACGAACAACGUCGUUACCAGGCACAGGAAACCCUGGAUGCCGUGCAGGAACGUCACGAAGACAUCAAGCGAUUGGCCAAGAGUAUCCAAGAGUUGUCCGAAAUGUUUAACGAAUGCAAUAUUUCCUGGAAAAUCAAGCCCACGUUCUUGACACCAUUGAAGCGAGCUCUUAUGAUGUCGUGCACCAUCUCGAACAAGGCAACCAGCACGUUUCCAACGCCAUUAAAUCCGCCAAAGCCACACGAAGAAAGAAAUGGAUCUGUUUCUCUAUUUUCGCAGUCAUUUAUUAUCAUUGUCGUUAUCGUCGUGGCUGUUGAAGUGGCCCCCAAGAGCGGUGGCGGCGGUGGCGGUGGCAAUGGCCAGCAGCAACAAGGCGAACAAGAUCAACAACAGUAG